GCGGCGGCGGCGGCGGCGGCGGCGGCGGCGAUGGCGGCCCUGCGGGGACCUGCCGGGCGCUUCCGGUGGCGCGUGCGGGCCGUGCCGGGCGGAGCGCGGGGCACUGCAGGGCGGCAAUGCUAUGACCUCCUGGUGAUUGGCGGGGGAUCCGGCGGCCUAGCCUGUGCCAAGGAAGCCGCUCAGCUGGGGAAGAAGGUGGCCGUGGUGGACUACGUGGAGCCUUCCCCCCGAGGCACCCGGUGGGGCCUUGGUGGCACCUGCGUGAACGUCGGCUGCAUCCCCAAGAAGCUGAUGCACCAGGCGGCGCUGCUAGGGGGCAUGAUCCACGACGCCCCCCACUACGGCUGGAAGGUGGCCCAGCCCCUGCACGACUGGGGGAAAAUGGCAGAAGCCGUUCAGAACCACGUGAAGUCCCUGAACUGGGGGCACCGGGUCCAGCUGCAGGACAGAAAAGUGAAGUACUUUAACUUCAAGGCCAGCUUUGUCAACCCACACAUGGUUUGUGGUGUCUCAAAAGGUGGGGAAGAGACUCUGCUUUCGGCCGACCACAUUGUCAUCGCCACCGGAGGGCGGCCGAGGUACCCCACGCACAUCGAAGGUGCCUUGGAAUACGGGAUUACGAGUGAUGACAUCUUCUGGCUGAAGGAGUCCCCUGGAAAAACGUUGGUGGUUGGGGCCAGCUACGUGGCCCUGGAGUGUGCUGGCUUCCUCACUGGGCUCGGCCUGGAUGCCACUGUCAUGAUACGCAGUGUCCCUCUCCGGGCCUUCGACCAGCAAAUGGCUUCCUUGGUCACAGAGCACAUGGUGGUUCACGGCACCCGAAUCCUGAGGGGCUGCACCCCCUUGAGGGUGGAGAGGCUCUCAGACAGGCGGCUCCAGGUCACCUGGGUGGACCUCGCCUCCGACAAGAAGGACACAGGCACCUUUGACACCGUCCUGUGGGCCGUAGGCCGAGUUCCAGAAACCAGAGGUCUGAAUUUGGAGAAGGCUGGUGUGCGUACCAACCCCAACACUCAGAAGAUCCUGGUUGACGCCCAGGAAGCCACCUCCGUCCCCCACAUCUAUGCCAUCGGAGACGUGGCGGAGGGGCGGCCAGAGCUGACGCCCACGGCUAUCAUGGCCGGGAGGCUCUUAGCCCAGCGGCUCUGCAGUCGGUCCUCAGACCUGAUGGACUAUGACAACGUCCCCACGACGGUCUUCACACCGCUGGAGUAUGGCUGUGUGGGGCUGUCAGAGGAGGAGGCCGUGGCUCGCCAUGGAGAGGAGCGUGUGGAGGUUUAUCACGCGUAUUAUAAACCACUGGAGUUCGUGAUGCCUGAACGGGACGCGUCCCAGUGUUACAUAAAGAUGGUGUGUCUGCGGGAGCCCCCACAGCUGGUGCUGGGCCUGCACUUCCUUGGCCCCAAUGCUGGCGAAGUUACUCAAGGAUUUGCUCUGGGGAUCAAGUGUGGGGCCUCCUACCAGCAGGUGAUGCGGACGGUGGGCAUCCACCCAACCUGUGCCGAGGAGGUGGCCAAGCUGCGCAUCUCCAAGCGCUCGGGCCUGGACCCCACCGUGACCGGCUGCUGAGGCUAAGCGGCCAUCCCUAGACCCAGGGUGCUCAGCAUGACUUCUGCCCCCACGGCCAGGCUCAGCGGAGGCUCAGAGCCAGGGUGUUUCUAACAGUUAUGCACGACCUGGUGGGGCAGGGCCACCCCUCGGCUGGUUUCUCCUCUGUCCCCCGAGAGUCCCUGUGUGCAGGCAGCUGUGGGGAUGUGGGGCCACCCCAUGCUGACCCCCAUCCUCGGCAGGCAGGAUGCUGGAGGCCGAGCCCGGGCGAGCCGCGCCCCUGCCCAGUGCAUCUGGACCAACCACCGAGCGCCCUGCAGGGAUGGCCCAGGCCUGCAUCUCGCAUCCCCGCCCGUGCCAGAUGAUGACGACUUGUGCAGAAACCCCCCGCGGGCUGCCCACGUCUGAGUCCACUGGCGUUUCCAGGGCACAAAUAAAGAGGGUGUUUUCCGGAA